AUGGUGUUCAGCGGUCGACUUUCCAAGGCCUGCGAGGAGUGCCGGGCGAAGCGGCGCAAGUGCGACUUAGUAAAACCAGGAUGCAGCCAAUGUGCCCGAAAGGGCCUCCCUUGCCCGGGAUAUCGGGACUUGUCCAAGCUGCGCAUCAGAGAUGAGACGAUCCGCGUAAGCGAAGCUGUGUGCAAAUCCAACAGGAUACCAACAAAGCACCAGAUUGCAAAGGUACCAGCCAAAAAAAUCAUCUAUGAGGAAUCAACAGCGGCUCUAUAUCCCAUGAUUUGUCUAUCUCAGCUUACCAAAGACUGCGCCAUGGCUUUUUUCAUGACGUCUUACAUCAACUCUUCCAUCUUCGAGUCCUAUCUGCCCGAUUUAUAUGCCCAGUCACGCUAUGAGAAGGACUGUCUGCGACUCGCCACAGAAGCUGUAGCAAUUGCCACAUUUGCUCAUCGCAUACGGAGUCCCAAAUACGCUAUGCACGCAAGGAAUACUUACUCCAAGGCUUUGGCGCAAACCAACGCAGCCAUCGCCAACUCCGACACAGCCAUCCUCGAUAAAACACUGGCAGCAGUCUUGUUGCUAGGUUUGUUCGAGUCGGUGGCCUUCCAAGGCGAUUCGUCACUGAACAAUUGGACAAGUCACACAUUCGGAACAUUACAGCUCCUACGGCUUCGGAACAAGACGAAACCCGAGAACCUGCAGCUCGCAAGGCAGCUAUUUAUCCAUGCAUCCUACAACAUUCGCAUAAGUUGUCUGCAGAAAGCGAAACCUGUACCCAAAGAAUUAAUAGACUUGGAGCCCCUGGCGGCCGACGGUAAUGACAGCAGACCUCUUGCUAAGCUAGUUCCCAUGUUGGACCAAGUCGUGGCCAUUCGCUGCAAAGCUGCAUUAGGGAGAACCCCUGAACUUGUACUACAGGCGCUGGAAAUGGAUACAGAGCUGGGCACUUUUGCGUCGGCACUGCAUGAGGGCAUGCCGCUCACACCAGACGCUGACGGCACUGUUCCACUUGUACAGUACAAGGAUUUCAUGAAUCAUGCCUUUGCCAAUCGAAGAAUCGCAAAAUACAACAACUCAGUUCGCAUGAUGCGGCUCUUUUUGAAUGAUUUUAUUUCGCAAGGUGCUGCGGCAGUUGAGGCCGAAAUGGCUGGGUACAUGCCGCUCUUCGAGUUUGGGCUGGGAGACUUGCAGGCGACAGCAGCCAACAACAUUAUGCAGAUUACAAGAGAUGUGAUACAAACUAUACCAAUGUAUUUGGAGCACAAGGACAAGGGUGGCAAGUUUGCCCCGUCUGCUAGAGUCUUGUUUUGGCCGCUUAGCGUGACGCUCAGCUGUACCGCGUGUCCAGAGCCUGUCAGAGCGCUGAUUGGCGCGCAUUUGGAUAAGAUGGGAUCUGAUUUGAACUUUCCGCAGGCGGCAGCUGCAGCUAAAGUGCAAUUGAUGGACGAUACCGUUACGGGUGCAAAAGAUUGGUUACAUUUGAGCUAUCUUGGAUAG